AUGGACUUUUGGGUUAUCCUUCUCCUCUUUACCAUCCCAGUCCUUCUUUUCAAGCUCUACAAGAAAACUCGUCCCAUAUCUUUUGCUGGAAAAACAGUGUGGAUCACAGGAGCAUCUUCAGGAAUUGGAGAAUUUUUAGCCUACGAAUUUAUCAACAAAGGUGCAUCUGUAAUUUUAUCAGCCAGAAAUGUUGACGAGCUCAAUAGAGUCCGCAAUAAUUUAGGUGUACGAAAAGAGAAAGCAACUAUAAUCCCUCUCGACUUGGCAAAUGGAGACUCAGCACUCCUCAAGGCGAAAGAAAUCAUGAAGCAGCAUGAAAUCGACAUUCUGAUUAACAAUGCAGGUGUCAGCCAACGGUGCACUUUUAUGGAGUGCCUUGACAGCUUGACUGUGGAGAGAAAAGCGAUGGAAUUGAACUAUUUUAGCGUCGUUGCCCUCACAAAAGCUGCUGCUGAGGUUAUGGCUAAAAGAGGAUCAGGGCAGAUUGUAGUGAUUUCAAGCUUGGCAGGACUGGUAGGGUCUCCUUAUAGAACGGGAUACUCUGGCUCGAAGUUUGCGAUUUCUGGGUUUUAUGAAAGUCUGAGGAGUGAGCUUCAUGAUUAUGGAGUCCAAGUCUCAUCUAUUUACCCUGGAUAUGUCAACACCAAUAUAGCCAAAAAUGCACUCAACUCUAAAGGAGAAGAAUUUGGAAAGUCAGACCCAGCCAAUGCAGAAGGGAUGAGCGCUGAGCGUUUUGCGAAGAAGGCAAUAAGAGGGAUAUUCAACAAGGAUGCGGAUUUACUUGUUUGUCCAUUGAAGUAUCAUUUGAUGUUUUACAUCAAAGCUUUUUGCCCAGCUGCAUUUCAUUAUUUGUUGAGAAGCUAUAGCAAAAAAGUCUUGAAGAAAUUAAAGGAAGCAUCAUAA